UUUUUUUUCACCCUAUCCAAACGGAGUGUAAAGUGAAAUUUGUCCUGAAAUCGUCCCAUCUAGCGUUUCGCCACUGAAUAGCGAAGCCAUCUAGCUUUCAUGGUGUCUCUGCUUAGUCUUCUACAUCUUCGGCGACUUCACCUUCAACCUCAGCACACACUAUCUUUAACUACUACCCACAAUGCUCUCUUCUUCAGACAAUUGUCUUACACUCCUCGUGUUGUUGAUUCCCAGAUCACUUCAUCAUCAUCCCAAUCUGUUGUCAGAACUGUGUGUUCUUUGGUCUGUCAAUCUUACUACCAACAACAAACUCAUUUCAGAGGAACACAUCCCAGGCUAACUCUUUCAAUUAAUUCUAGGUAUUUGAGUCCUGAGCAGGCCAUCACAGUUGUUGCUUCUCUCGCCGACGAGGCGGGUUCAAUGGUAGCGUUGAGUUUCUUUUACUGGGCAAUUGGGUUUGUCGAAUUCAGGUAUUUUAUGCGGUUUUAUAUUGUCUUGGCCACGUCUUUGAUUGAAAAUGACAAUUUGGAGAGAGCCCAUGAAGUAAUGCAGUCUAUGGUUAGGAAUUUUGCUGAAAUUGGGAAGCUUAAGGAGGCUGUUAAUAUGGUUAUUGAGAUGAAAAAUCAGGGCCUGGUGUUGAGUACUGAGACCCUGAAUUGUGUUGUUGGUGUGGCUACUGAAAUGGGUUUGGUUGAAAUUGCAGAGAAUGUGUUUGAUGAAAUGUCUGAUACAGGGGUGUCCCCCAAUUCUUCUAGUUUUAAGCUAAUGGUGAUUGCAUAUUGCAGGGUGGGUAGAAUUGCGGAAGCAGACAGGUGGUUGAGUGCAAUGCUGGAGAGGGGCUUUCUUGUCGACAAUGCAACUUGCACGUUGAUCAUCAGCAGAUUUUGUGAAAAUAGUUAUGUGAAUAGAGCGUUUUGGCUAUUUGGUAAGAUGCGUGAGAUGGGUUUGACUCCAAACAUGAUCAACUUCACUUCUAUGAUUAAUGGGUUGUGCAAGAGGGGUAGCAUCAAGCAAGCAUUUGAAUUGUUAGAUGAAAUGGUCAGAAAAGGCUGGAAACCAAAUAUAUAUACCCAUACAACAUUGAUUGAUGGCCUCUGUAAGAAGGGAUGGACCGAGAAGGCAUUUAGACUAUUUCUUAAGCUUGUUAGGAGUGAUAAGUACAAACCAAAUGUGUACACGUACACUGCAAUGAUAAAUGGGUAUUGCAAAGAGGACAAGUUGCAUCGGGCAGAGAUGUUGUUGACCAGGAUGGAGGAACAGGGAUUGGUUCCUAACACCAAUACAUAUGCAGUUCUCAUUAAUGGGCAUUGCAAAGUGGGGAAUUUCAAUAAAGCAUAUGAGCUAAUGGAUGAAAUGGGUAAAAAUGGUUUCACUCCCAACAUCUGUACAUACAACACAAUUGUUGAUGGACUCUGUAAGAAGGGAAGAGUUCAAGAGGCUUAUAAACUGCUGGAGAGGGGAUUUAAACAUGGACUGCAAGCUGAUAUAGUCACGUAUAACAUCCUCAUGUCUGAGCACUGCAAGGAGACUGAUACUAGACAAGCCCUGGUGUUUUUGAGUAAGAUAUUGAAAGUUGGCCUCACACCUGAUAUGCAUUCAUACACCACAUUAAUUUCUGCUUUUUGCAGGCAAAAGAAAAUGAAAGAAAGCCAGCAGCUUUUUAAUGAUGCUGUCAGGCUUGGCUUGGUUCCAACCAAGAAAACUUACACAUCCAUGAUAAAUGGAUAUUGUAGAGACGGAGAUACCAGCUUGGCUGUAAAGUUAUUCCAGAGAAUGGGUGCACAUGGCUGUGUACCAGAUAGUAUUACCUAUGGUGCUCUGAUAAGUGGGCUUUGCAAAGAGAGUAAAUUGGAUGAGGCUCACAGGCUCUAUGCUGCCAUGAUAGACAAGGGAAUUUCUCCAUGUGAAGUUACUCGGUUGACAUUAGCUUAUGAGUAUUGCAAGAAGGAUAAAUCUGCCACUGCCAUGGCUGUCUUAGACAGUUUAGACAAAAAGCUAUGGAUCCGCACAGUUAAUACCUUGGUCAGGAAGCUUUGCAGUGAGAAGAAAGUAAACAUGGCUGCAUUGUUUCUCCACAAACUAGUAGAUAAAGAUCAGAUUGUGAAUCAUAUAACUAUUGCAGCAUUCAUGACUGCAUGUUAUGAUAGCAAUAAAUAUGCACUUGUUUCUGAUAUCUCCGAAAAGAUUUCAAAAGGAAUUGGUUAGUGGCCCAGACAUUAUGAAAGAGUGAUUCAUUUGGUGUGAAUAAUUGAGCUGCCCAAGUGCCUUCUUUGAUGGGGCCUGAAAGCAGUUUAUUCACUUGAUUCUCUUGAGAGACGAGUUAGAUACUAAAUAGAAGGCUGGUAGACGAGCAUGUUUCUUUAUGAUCAAGUUCAGGAUGCUGUGUCGUAUUUUUGGUUGACAGCAUGUUUCUGUGCUGACUAAUACUUCGAUAGUUUCUUUUGGGAGAUGAGGCUUUAAUGAUCUAUACACAGAUUGCAGGGCUCACAAACAACUCUUGUAUGUCCGAGUCACAUAAAGGGCAUUAUUGUGUACUGAAGCAUCAAACUCCCGGUGAAUAUGUGUUUGCAGUUGCAAAGGUAAUGAUAUUAGGGUUCAG